UAGAACGUCGCCGCUGCCGGGUGACAGUGAUACAAUGUAACAUUCUGCAGCCGCUGCCGGGAGAGUGUGAGCGGACGAGGAUGGGGCGGGGGCCCGGGGCCACACACAACGUCUACAGGUCCCCUGUAUGUGACUGUUGUCUCGGAGCCUUCUUCAUGUGUUGUGGAUGAGUUAUAGAACAUAGAAGAGAUGGACAUUAUACCCCCUGGGAUUUUUUAAUCGUAACCCUUAGGGACUGGGACGUUCUCUCGCCAUGACGGGCUCUAGUUCCACCUUCCACCGGGCCCACAGUAAGCAUUGCCACCACCAGAAUGUUGGGACAAAGACUAGCAAGCCCGCCCGCUCCCGGAGCCUGCAUGACCGUCCCUUGGCCUCUUCUCUUACACCGGCUCCGGCCAGCGCCUCUGGGAACAGCUCAGGUGGCUACUCGGAAGAAGAGGACAAAGAAGUGGGGGCGCUCUUCUACGUCAAUAAGAGCGGCUUCCCCAUUGACAGUCAGACCUGGGAGAGGAUGUGGGCUCACGUGGCCAAAGUCCAUCCCGAAGGAAAGGAUAUGGUGGACAGAAUACGGAAUGCCACUUUGCUUCCCAAGCAUCCAGUGCCGGCUGUACCAACCUACAAGACUUCCAUGUCCGUCCCCGAGUGGCUGCAGGCCGUGCAGAGAUACAUGAAGACGUUGCAAUACAACCACACCGGGACGCAGUUUUUUGAAAUUAGAAAGAGCAGACCGAUCAGCGGGUUAAUGGAGACUGCUCGGGAGAUGACCAGAGAAUCCUUGCCUAUUAAGUGUCUAGAAGCCGUGAUCCUUGGAAUAUAUCUUACCAAUGGUCAGACCAGUGUGGAGCGGUUCCCCAUCAGCUUUAAAACCCAGUUCUCAGGGAACUUCUUCCACCAUGUUGUGCUGGGGAUCCACCAUAAUGGACGCUACGGAACACUGGGCAUGAGCAGAAGAUCGGAUCUUAUGGAUAAACCUAUGACCUUCAAGACUCUAAGCGAGCUCAUCUUUGACUUUGAAGACUCGUACAAAAAAUAUUCUCACAUAGUGAAGAAAGUCAAAAUCGGUUUAUAUGUCCCUCACGAUCCCCACACAUUCCAGCCUAUCGAGUGGAAGUAUCUAGUCAUCAACAUGGGGAAGAUGGUGCGAGCCGAUAUCAAGAAGGAGCUGGAGAAACACGCCAGGGACAUGAGGAUGAAGAUCCUGAAGUCUUCAAGUGUUCAAUCUCCUGUGAAAGAAAGAAGAGGGAAAUCUGUUUCUCCUACAAGAGUCCGUAUCAGCCCCCAGAGACGUGUGUGUCGGAGAGACAAAUCGCCGGCCAUGAUGGACAAGACACCAGCGGACCUCAGCACCCUCAACGACGUCGGCUACCAGAUUAGGAUUUAACAAGACCGCAUUUGCACUUUACACCUUUUUCUUGUUCUUUCUUUCGAAGGAUUUGUGACUAUUUAUUAUCAGAUUUUUAUUUAUGCUUUUAAUUCAGAAAUUUGCAUUUUUUUUACGCUUUCAUUUUUUUAAAUAUCGAAUUUGCCCGCUUUUUUUUUGCAAAAUGAC